AUGUCAAGACUAAAGCCGGUGGAUCGCGGGUGCGGUCCGACGGUGGUGUUGGAGCAGCAGGCUCAGGUUGGUUGGGCGUCGUGUCUCAUGUCUGAUGGCGGGAUAUUGGGUGUCACAAACCGUGCAGAUCGUCUGCAUUGUGGAGGCCAAAUCUGCAGGCCUGGCGAGGAAUCUGCUGCUAGCUACUGCAUGGCUCUGGUUAAGUUUCAAAUAUUGAUGGUUAUGCUUCAAGCGCCACUGUCACAGGAGGUGCCGAAUGAGAGGAGAUCAGAUUCGCCAACAUAG